AUGGAAGGUCCCGAAGCUGGACUCCGGCUCGUGCCAUUGCCAGUCGAUGGCAUCCCAUCACCGCCGCUGGUGGACAAUGAAAUUGUCAACGACAGCCCGCGCGAGCCAUUAGACCGAAAACGUCGCCCAAACGAUAAAUCGUCUCCGGUGCGGCCCAUGACUUGCGACUGCUCCAAGGAGGGGCGGAAUCUGGUCGUUUGCAUCGAUGGCACAUCGAAUCAGUUUGGAGAGAUGAAUACGAAUGUGAUAGAGUUGUAUAGCCUCGUUCCGAAAGACGGAAGAGGACAGGGUGACAACAAGCAACAGCGAACAUACUAUAAUAGUGGGAUUGGAACGUAUGCCCGGCCGUCCUGGAAAUCAUGGGCAUGGUACAAGCAAGUGUUCGGUCAUAAAGUCGACCUUGCCAUUGCAUGGAACUUUGAGCGUAUCGUGCUUGAUGCUUACAGAUGGUUAUCAGAAACAUAUGAGGACGGUGAUUGUAUCUUCCUCUUUGGGUUCUCUCGUGGGGCGUACCAAGUUCGCACGCUCUCUGCCAUGAUAGACAAGGUUGGCUUGAUUCAUCGGGGCAAUGAGGCACAGAUCCCGUUCGCCUAUCAACUGUAUGCGGACUUGGAUAAUGGACUCACCGCCGCCGCGGCAUCGUCUCUCCAGGGGUCCAUAUCCCCAUCUGAUACCUUCAAGGACACGUUCUCACGUAGGGUAAAGGUGCAUUUCGUUGGCGUGUGGGACACAGUAUCAUCGAUCGGGAUUGUGCGGAGUCGAAUGCCAUUGCCGGGAACGAUCGACGGAAUGAAGCACGUUUGUUACUUCCGGCAUGCUUUGGCGCUCGAUGAACGUCGCAUCAAAUUUCUUCCGGAGUACGCAAAUGGAGGUGCAGGUCCAUCAGAGCCGGUCAAGAUCCCUGGGAGAUAUCAUCACACGAAGGAGGUCUGGUUUGCGGGGACACACUCUGAUGUAGGAGGGGGGAUCGAGGCAAAUCCGACACUGAACCGCACGCGUCCUUCUCUCAGGUGGAUGUUCUUCGAGGCGUCUUCGGCCGGGCUUCACCUGGUUCCUUUCAAACGCGAGUUCAAAGAUGAAGAGGAGAUCACCAUCAACGAGUCAUUGACGUCCGGUUGGGAGUACUUCGAACAUCUCCCGUUUCGGCGCCUCACGUACAACAUGGCCGACGCCAGGGAGCCCUGUGUUGAAUGGAUCCGGUUCGAAACUUCGGCUUGGGUCUUCUGGAUGCUAAGUCGCAUACUACGGAUGCUUGUCCGGCCCGCGCUCGAAUCGAAUUUGCUGGUGGCCCAAUUGGCGUGGAUGAUUCUUCAGUCUCUGUGGCUGAUGGUUGAAGUUCUGUGGGUCCUACUCCCGUCAACCGUACGAACAAGGUGUGAAGGCUAUGUUGGUGCAUCAAGCACACAUGAGGUUUCGGAUGGUGUCACUGGCGAGAGCGGUGACGGAGUGAAGCCAGCAUUUGACGCAGGAUCGAUGGGGAAUCAGGACACGACCAAGGAUAGGCAUGAGGCGGGGGGAUACUGGGAGGAAGCGGCGAAGUACUGGUUGAGUGCGGAGGAUUAUCGGGAAAUGGAGGCCCGAGCGGAAGCUCGUCAACAUGCGUUGGACACUUUGAGGCACUCACAAGUAGCAACAGAACGUCAAGAAAUAGAUGGAACAGUCUCUUGGCCGCCCCAUCGUGGAAAAGGCCGCGUCAUCCUAGACGGUCAGAAGAUCCACCCAUCGGUAUGGCGCCUAAAAAACUUGGGCACGACCGACUCGACAUACACGCCCAUAGGCGGAGGGCCGCGAUUAUCAAACCCGAUAACAAUUGAUAGGACCGAUUAUCAAAUCGCCCUGAUCGCCGGCGCGCGUGCCGCGCGUCGGAAGCUUAUUUGCGACACUCCAUGGGCACGUACUUAG